AUGGCGAAGAAUAUGCAGAAUACGGCGUACCGAAAGAUAGACGUCGACGCGUUCGACCCGGAGAAGUAUGAUGAGAACGAAGAAGGUUAUUUUUGAAGUUUUUUUCAAGAUAAUAAUAUAACAUUUUAGGGACUGAAACACCGGGAUUGGGUCCCGAUGAACGCGCCGUCGUCUCCAUGCUCAACACGAAUAGGAAUCUCGAAGCUUUGCAAGCUUCUCUUCUAUCGCCACCUUUCAAAACUAAAAAUCAGGUUUGAAAAAAUUAAUGACAUUUUUUCAUAAUAGAACUUUUAAGGCCAUGAAAGACAAAAGCACACAACUUGUGGCCAAGGUUCUCCAAGCCUUCAAAUCAUCGGAAAUCGAAGCGGCGGUUCAGGUUGAAAAAUUAUAUCAUGAUAAUUACUAAUAAAAAAACAAAAGAUCGGACUUUUUUUAUGUACUUUUUCAAGAAAAAAAUUGAACGUUUUUUUAUUUUUUUCGAUUUUUUUGCCGUUUUUUUCAUAACCUUUUUUUCAAAAAGACUGAAAAAGCUUAUAAAGUUAACUAUAAAUCAUUCAAAAAGAUUUUUUUGAAGGCUGGAAAAAAAUUCGCAAUGCUUGAUAGGACACUAAAAAAAGGCCAUUCGUAUUGAAAAAUUUUAUAAAAAAAUAGCCGGUGAGCCUUUAAAAUGGAAUUUUGAAAGUUUUUUUCAAUUUUUUUUCUUAAAGCUAAAUUUUUUCUAAUGAUUCCGUUCUACAGCGAUUGUCAAUCGAAGAGGGCGACAUUUUGAUGAAAUACGUCUUCAAGGCCAUGGAAAUCCUCGCCGACCCCGCCGUUUGUCAAUCUCUCCUCGCUUGGCAUUCUCAGGUUCUUUUUCUCUUUCAGAACGAUAGCGUGGCCCCUAAAGGGCACUUGAAGGUUCCCCUCUAGGGCCUUACCUCUUUAUAGGGGGCACUAAAAUUAGUAAAAGGGGCCACUCUAGGGGUGCCUGCUAAUAGUCCCUAUACGUCUUUUUAACUUUGAUGCAAGAAAUAAAAUCUGAAGAACACUGUGGGGACCACUUAAGCUUCAGGGACAGGCUCUAAACUCCUAUAGGGACCACUUGAACUUUACCCCUCCAGGGAGCAUUGUUUCAUCCCCUAAAGAUAGGUAGAACUCCUAAAAGAACUCUCUCCCCCUAUAGGGAUUUUUGCAAAUGUGACCACUCUAGGAGUUUUAGUUUGCGGCCAUUUGAGGGAGCAUUUUAGUGACCCAUUUACUUUCAAACCAUAAAAAAAAAUCAAGAGACCACUAUAGGGACCCCUUAAGCUCUAGGGACAGGCUCUAAACUCCUAUAGGGACCACUUGAACUUUACCCCUCCAGGGAGCAUUGUUUCAUCCCCUAAAAAUAGGUAGAACUCCUAAAAGAACUUUCUCCCCUUAUAGGGAUUUUUGCAAGUGACCACUCUAGGGGUUCUAGUUAGCGGCCACUUGAGGGAGCAUGUUAGUGACCCAUUUACUUUCAAACAAUUGGGAAAAAAAAUCAAAAGACCGCUAUAGGGACCACUUGAGCUGUAGGGAGCUACGGGACAGACCCUAAACUCCUAUAGGGACCACUUAAAUUUUACCCCUCUAGGGAGCACUUUUUUGUCCACUCCAGGGGCUGUUUUUCCUCCCUAACCCCUCUAGGGACCACUGGCUUGAAUAGUUCAACAUUUUACCAAUAAGCUCAAGUUCCCGUUUCAAAAGUCUUCGAAUUCAGCUUUAAGAAAUUAUUUCUCAGUUGUUGUUUCGAAUAGAAAAAAUAUUGAACUAAUUCUUUGGAAAAUUGGAAAAAGGUUGAAGCGAAGAUAAAAAACGCAAUUUCCAAUUUUACUUGAUUUUUGGUUGGAAAAUCUGGAUUUCUUUUGAAAAAUAGAUAAGAAAAGUGCAAAAACGUUUUUUUGAAUAUUUUUUUCAGAAUUUUUUUAGAUUUUUUUUCUUUUUAAUUUUUUUACUUUUUAAAAAUGAACUUUGUCCCACUUAUGAUAAGCUGGUCGCACGGGGAAUGGCUCAGCGCUCGAUAGGAAACUGCACCCGACUAGAAACGGCUUACGCCUUUUUUUAGUUUGAUUCGCAACGCUUUGAGCCAUUCCAAAUGCGGCCAGAAGGUUUCUAGGUUAAAUUUUUUUCAUAAAAAAAGUAUCGAAAUUGUCAUUUUGAAUCAAUAUUUUUUUGUAUUAAAUUCUGAUUUUUUUCAUCAGCUCGUCGCGAAAUUCGGCCUCGGAUGCAUUAUUCGCGUCAUGACCAACCGCCAACGUCUUUAA